ACGGCGUCACAGCGAUAGUUCCAGUAGCCGGAAGUGCAGAGACUGCAGACUACUAGUACAGCGAUAGGCAAGGGAAAAUUGAAGAAAAUAUAUUAAAAUAAAGAUAAAUUACUGUGAACAUUGGUAAUAUUAACCACUAGCGGAGCCAUGGCGCUCAAUAAAAACAAUUCUGAGUGCGGUGGAGUUAUUAUCAACAACAGUGAAAGCAUUUUGAUGACAUGUGACCAUGUGGAGCUGUCCUUCUCUGAAUCUGAAAACAUGCCUGAAGCUUUCAAAGGGACCAACAAAGGAACCAUUUACAUGACCCCUUACAGGGUCAUUUUCCUGAGCAAAGGCAAAGACCCCCUGCAUUCCUUCAUGAUGCCCUUCUACCUGAUGAAAGGCUGUGAGGUGAAGCAGCCAGUGUUUGGAGCCAAUUAUAUCAAAGGGGCCGUGAGCGCAGAGCCUGCAGGAGGCUGGGAGGGCUCUGCUACCUUUAAAUUAAUCUUCUCAGCAGGGGGUGCUAUUGAGUUUGGACAGUACAUGUUGCAAGUGGCAUCAAAAGCUUCCCGGGGCCAGACCCCCUGCGGUGACUACAUGCCUAAUGGAGCCUAUGCCUACCCUCCACCCCCUGCCAAUGGGAUGUAUGCAGGCCCUCCACCAGACUACCCCUGCCACCCUCCUUCAGCUGGUUUUUACCCUGCACCCCCGACUAUGGAUGGAACUAUGCCCUACAUGCCCCCACCCCCCUACUCUGGACCACUGGAACAGCCCCCACUGAAUGCAAGCCUCUCCAACACUACAGCAGCAGAGGCAAAGGCAGCUGAGGCUGCAUCGAGUGCAUACUGCACUCCAGCUAAUCCACACAAUGUCUACAUGCCACAGGACCAGCCUCCUCCAUACUCCCCACCAAUGGACAAGAAGAGUCAGUAAACCGAAAGGACUUCUGUUCCAACAAAGCCCUUCACUCAUUCUAGCAUUCCUUCAUCCCUCUCCCUAUUGGCUGAGCUUGGCUGAGAGGUAUUCCAUGGAACCUGCAGUCUCUGUUUAGAGGGUCCCUAACGUGUCUGCUGCUGAUAAGAAUGUAGAGCACUUUAUGUUUCUAGAUCAUUCUAGCAUGGAUUAGUUCACAGAAGAAUAGAUUUGCUAACAGGACAGAACGUGGCUCUGUUGGAGUAGGUAAGUAUUCAUGGAUAUGUCACAAUUUUAAUUGUGGAGUUAAAUUAGGGUGUGCCGAUACUCGUAUUUUCUGAGUUAUUGCCUUUAAGAAGUCUUUGUCGGCAGACUUUAAAUAAAUCCAUUCAUUUAAUGUGUUGAUUUCAAAACAAGAAAAGCUGACCUUCCAUCACUUUUACAAUUGAGUACCAGUAAAUGGCAUUAACUUCGGCGCUGAGUGCUUUAAAAUCUGAUUGGAAGCGAAUUUUCCUCUCAUCCGGGCUGCUGACAUUUUUACUGCCGUGCCGAGGCCAUAAACUCAGAAUGAAAAUGUUUAGCAAUACUAGCAAAUAUAACAGAUUCGUCAUGUAAAUGUGACUGUUCUUUAACCCUAACUCAAGUGCUUCCGCUGUGGAAACUGGGAUUUGUAUUUUUUUGUCGGGAUUACAUCUUGCCCAGGACUACAAUCACACAAUUCACCGCAGAGAUUAAGCAUUUCUAAGGAAAGUGAAAUAAAAAUGAUUUCAUAUCAAAGGUAUAAAAGAAAGGUAAAUUAGUUUUAGUUGGUUUGAUCACGACAGGUUCUAUAUUAAAUAACACUGCCAGAUUGGUAUUGAUUGAAACUCAAUAAUUGUGUAAACAAGGGAAAUCAAGGGAUCGCAUUGUUUUGUGUUGAGUAAUUAGCAAGUUUUAUUCCAUUUAAUUAAUACCUAACAUCUUAACAUUUCUUAAAGAUAAUGACUUGGUAAAUACAAGUAUUGGGACACCCCUAAACGAUUUGAUGAAGACAGCACAGCUCCUAGGGAGGACCAGACUCAUUGCCUUUUAAUGGUGUGAGAUGGACAGAUUUUUAUUGUACAUUUAGCAGAGCUUGCACUUUAAAAUGGCUGUGCAUUGUGUCGACGAUUCCCUUCCUACAGUGUGCAUCCAAAAUGGUAGAAUAUCUCUGUUUUAGGCACUUUUGGGCAGGCAGCUACUAUAAGGCUGCUGUUUAUUUAAAGAAAAAGAUAAUUUAUGAAUUAAUGUAUUAAUAUGAAACAUAAGUAGAUGUAUUGUAUUCAAGUUUGUGAAUUACAUUUUAAUAAAGUGGAUUCCAUUUGU